CACCCUUUUUCGCCCGCCAUGACCCAUACCCACCCCCCACUCGAUGACCGCCCCAACGCCCAUACCUCACCGCCCAUCUCUGCCCCCGACAUCACAUCCCUCUCCCCUCUCCCCGCCGAACUGCAGACUCUCAUCUACGACUUUCUGAUCUCGGAUCACUCUCCCGCCCAUACCAUCACCCUCUCUCAACUGUCCAAGUCCUGCUAUGCAGCUUUCGCGCCCCGCCUAUAUAAGCGGAUUGUGGUGACGGAUGAAGCCAUCGAGCGGGGCUUGUACCGGGAUGCUCCAGCCCGGGCUGGCAACUCGCGCAAGACCCACAGCAAGACCCGCAGCUCCAAAUUGGUCGCUGUAGGGGAAGGAGGGUCACUGCCCAGCAAGCACGAGCUGCUCCGCAACUGCGAAUCCCUGAUCAUCACGUCUUUGUCGGCUAUGUAUGCCACUGCUGCUCUAGCGCACGAAUGGGAAGAGAGGAGUCCCACCGGUCUUUUCAACGGCGUCACGCACAUCGCUCUCGAGCCCGACUGUAUGGAAGCGUACUGUGAGCAAGGCUUCCUUGGUCCGAACAACAUACGGAUGCCUUGGCCUCUUGAGAACCUGUCUACUGCCUGUUUUCGUCACCCCUUUCCCUGUCCCAUCGAAUUCGAAGAUUACGCCAUGUUUUUCUACUCAAGUUGCCCGGACUUUGGGCGCCAGACCAGUGAGAACCAUGGGGAUGUAACUCGGUUUCAGAACUGGCAGUUCGGUCGAGGCGCGCCGCCCCCCGACUGUAUCCUCAGUCGAGAUACGAUCUUUAUCGACAUGUUACCGGUAGAGCUCGAGGAUGAUGAGGAGAAUAGUGAUGUUUUCUCAUCUCAAGUGGGUGAAAUAACCGAAUAUUGUUUCGGGUGCCUUAUGGAAUGGAGGGAUUUAGAAGCAGGCCGUCCCGAAAGACACUGGAUCAAAUUGAUCUUUACCAACUUCAACACCACCAUCUCCCCUGACGGCACUAUCCACUACCUCUCCCCAGAUGACAAAGAAGCUAUUCUCGACAGAGCUCAGAGCGUGAUCAGACGGCAUUUACGCAUGAUGUUGGUGGAAGAAGCGCCAGAGUGUGUUGGGAUGGCGAAUAGGAUUCAUAUCCGAGGCUACGAGGAGUGCGAGUUCUGCCGGAAGGUCUCUCACAGAGGUGUGCAGGGAAGGAGCAGUUGAUGGACACCGGCGGCGGGAAGAAGAUCCAGCCGUGGGACUAGGACGAAAUUGCUCAGUGGUGGAUCAUUCUUGUCUUACGUCAGAUGCAACUCUUUCCAACUUCGCAGGCUACCUCCUUCUUCCCUUGUUUCCCGUCAACGACAGCGCCGGCGCUAUCUCCUACAAACACCCCUCACCCAUAUCAUCUUCCCCGCGCACCGCCAUCUCUCCCAACCCACCGCCCUUCUUUCCAUCUCUCCCGUCCCUCUCAUCUCUUUAAGCUGCGCCUUCACCGCCUGCUUCUGCGACUACGUCGAUACUAUUACUGGCUUACUGGGGGGACAGAGUGUACAGGGGAUGGAGAGCGUACAAGUAGGUGACUGUCAGGGAAUAGAAGAGAUGAGGAUAUCAGCCGCUGCGGCACCUUGGACAAACAGGGGGAGCGGGAUGGGGAAGCCAGAUAUGCGUCAAGAUGGGGUACUGGUCAUCCGUAUUGUGUAUAUUGGCACGCCGGAGAAGGAGGAGGAGAAGAGGAUGUACAAGUACGACAUCCCAUCCACCAAAAGCGCCGGCGCCAUCUAUCACAAACACCCCGCACCCAUACCUUUUUCCCCUUCCGCCGUCGACUCUCCAUCCGUCGCCUUCUCAUCCCACCGCCCUUCUUGCUAUCUCUCCGGUCUCUCCUCUCAUUUCUCCCCGCUGCGCUCUCCCCGCCUGCCUCUGGAACGACAUCAAUACGUUACUGGCGCUGGACUCGAGAGCAUAGUUGAUCGUCAGGGGAGGGAAGGAAUAGGAUAUUUCUCUCUGCGGCGCCUUGGAGGAGAUGCGAACGAGAUGGUGGAGAAGCUGGGAAUAGGGGAAGCUGGAGUGUCGAAUAGGCAUUUUGAGGGAGAAUGUAUGUGUAUGUGGGCGCACCGGAGAAAUUGGAGGAUGACAUGUUGUACGAGUAUGAUACGAGGAUGGCAAUUUUGGGAUGCAAGCGUGGAUCGUAGUGGGGUUGGCUUUUUUGACAUUUCAGACGGUGUUGGCUUUCAAGAGAUCUUCCGCGUCCGUCGCCCGAUCACGCUGCUUUGCGUUCAUGACCGUCGGCUUUUGCUCCUGACGCUACCGUCUUCUUCCCCCAAGAUUGUCAGAAAACGUACAAGGGACUCGAGUUUGAUGAAUGGAUGGGGACAAUAAAAUGUGGCCAUGUACUGCGCUGGGGUGGCUCAGCGUUGGGGAGGCGCCGAUGGGGAAGCCGGAGGUGUGAGAGGAUGUGGUGACGCCAUUGGGAUGGAUGCUUAUAUGCGUUCAUGAAUUCACUCUCAAACACUUUGCCCU